AUGCAUAGGAAGCUGGAUAUGAGGUCUGGUGUGACCUGCGUAGUUGAACUGUAUGGGGCCAUCUGGAAGGAUGCAGAAAUUGUCAGCAUGUCGGCCACUGCCGGUAACGAGACUCAGUUUGGUCCGGCACGUUCCGUUCGCAAGGGCAUGAUGCGUACCGUCAGCCAGCUGUACAAGGAAUCCCUCAUCCGUCUCAUGACCGUCCUGCAGAAUACAAAUCCCAACUUUGUUCGGUGUAUCAUUCCAAAUCACGAGAAGCGCGCCGGCCGCAUCGACGUGCCUCUGGUGCUGGACCAGCUGAAGUGCAACGGUGUCCUCGAGGGUAUACGCAUCUGUCGUCAGGGCUUCCCAUCUCGGGUUCCCUUCCAAGAGUUCCGUCAGCGCUAUGAGAUUCUGACCCCCGAUAUAUUUUCAAAGGGUUACAUGGAUGGUCGGAAAGCUGUGGAGUUGAUGGUCAAGCACUUGGAACUCAGUCCUGAGCUCUACCGACUGGGCCAGAGCAAGAUCUUUUUCAAGGCAGGUGUACUUGCGCAGUUGGAGGAGGAUCGAGACAUUCGACUGACUGACAUCAUGGUCCGUUUCCAGGCCUAUUGUCGGUGUUAUUUGGCCAAAAAGAAUGUGCAACAGCGAAUACAGGAUAUUCAGGCUAUUAGAAUUAUCCAGCGUAACUGUGUAGCCUACCUCAAGCUGCGAAAUUGGUCUUGGUGGCGUCUCUUUACAAAGGUCCGUCCUCUCCUCAGUGUGACCCGACAGGAGGAGAUUGUGGCCGCCAAGGAAGAGGAGUUGAAACAGGUACAAGACGCGCUGACCAAGACCUCUACGCACCUCUCCGAAACGGCCGCAGCCUAUGAGGAGGCCCAAAAGAAGGUCACAGAACUUGAGGCUGAACUACAGUUGGAGCACGAGGCCCUAAACGCCCUAGAUGAG